AUGACGUUCUGGAGACCACCUCCUCAUAGAGAGCCAUUUGAAAAGCUAUUCUCUCACGGAGUCAAAGGACAAUUAGCAUUUGGCAAAAUUAAAUAUCCACUCAUAAUAAGAAUCUUCUAUAAACUGUGUAUCAAAGGGGAUGUUGUUAUUGGGAUAGCUUCAUCCGGUCUUCACAGCAAUGUAUUUAGCCUUGUGAGGAAAAUUGUAGCCCAGUCUUCACUUCAGUACUCCUCUCCAGCACCUGAUGGUUGUGGUGACCAGAUCUUAGGGGACCUACUUCUAACUCCAACAAGAAUCUACAGCCAUUCGCUGCUACCUGUCCUACGAUCAGGUCAUGUCAAGGCUUUUGUCCACAUUACCAGUGGAGGAUUGCUGGAAAAUAUCCCCAGAGUCCUCCCUCCGAAAUGUGGUGUGGAUCUAGAUGCCUGGACCUGGAGGAUCCCUAGGAUCUUCUCAUGGUUACAGCAAGAAGGGCAGCUCUCUGAAGAAGAGAUGGUCAGAACAUUUAACUUUGGGCUUGGGACUGCCCUCGUGGUAUCAAAUGAUCAGACAGAGCGGAUUCUGAGGGACAUUCGGCAGUACCAGGAAGAAGCCUGGGUGAUUGGCAGUGUGGUCGCUUGUCCUGAAGGUUCCCCUCGUGUGAAAGUCAAGAAGCUGGCUGAAGCCAUGCAAAUGAAUGGCUCAGUACUGGAAAACAGCUCCCUGAAAAAUCAUUGCUCCGUCCAACCCAGAAAGGCAAGAGUGGCUGUCUUAAUAUCCAGAACAGGCUCAAACCUCCAGGCACUCAUAGACAGUACUCAGGAUCCAAAUAGAUCCUCACACAUUGUUGUUGUCAUUUCCAAUAAAGCUGCAGUCACGGGCUUAGAGAAAGCAGAAAGAGCUGGUAUUCCAACCAGAGUAAUUAAUCAUAAAUUAUAUGAAAAUCGUGCAGAAUUUGACAAUGCAGUUGACCAAGUUCUUGAAGAGUUCUCCACAGACAUAGUCUGUCUUGCAGGAUUCAUGAGAAUUCUCUCUGGUCCCUUUGUUAGAAAAUGGAAUGGGAAAAUGCUCAACAUCCACCUAUCCUUACUCCCUUCUUUCAAGGGUGCCAACGCCCAUGAGCAGGCUCUGGAAGCUGGAGUCACAGUCACCGGCUGCACCGUGCACUUUGUAUCUGAAGAUGUAGACACCGGACAAAUUAUUUUACAAGAAGCUGUUCCCGUGAAAAGGGGUGACACUGUUGCAACUCUGUCUGAAAGAGUAAAAUUAGCAGAACAUAAAGUAUUUCCUGCAGCCUUCCACCUGGUGGCCUGUGGAGCUGUAUGGCUUGGAGAAAAUGGUAAGAUCUGUUGGGUUAAAGAGGAAUAAAGCCUAAUUCCAGAGUGGAGCUGUUUUGAAAGAAUUG